AUGUACCAUGAGAUUCUAUUCGACAGCUUUACGUUAGGACGUUUCACCUCGUUCACAGAAGACGGCUGCCCGGAUGGAUACAUGCAGAUACAGGAGGCAAGUCGACCACAAGUCGGGGGAUCCUGGUGUGGUACUUCAUGGGGUCCCUCCAUUUACUACAGUGAAACAAAGUCUAUAACACUCAUUAUACGGCUGCUCCGGCUUUCGAAGGACCAAAAUAAUUAUAACUUUGAUUUUCGUAUGGCGUACAAAGUUUUAAGGAGAGAAUAUGCAACGGUACGAUAUGGAGGUACUUCGCCGUCAGAACGGCCGUUUUUCAAGUUACGACCGAUGCCAUAUCCCGUGAACAUAUCACGCGGGGAAGACACGAAUAUUGGAAGGACGAAAAGCUCGGAGUAUUACCUCGGGGAUUUGAUCACCGGGACAUAUUGCUCUCGAAUCUUCAGCGACUGCGAUCGUAAAAACUGUAGGUUACAAUCCCCGAAUUUCCCCGGAGUUUAUCCUAGAAACUUAACAUGUUACUACGCAGUCCGACAACAUGAAGUGCCUCAAGGAAAACAUGCUCUAAUUGUUGUGAAGCAACCUAAUGGUCAAUUAAUAUCGAUUCGGAGUCAGAAGGCGCUGUACGCGCCCUCGCAGCAGGAGCGAGGUAAUAACGGACGAGAGCUUAAGUUUUGGAAACAAUGUGAUGAGGUUCAAGAUUACGUGACCGUGUACGACGGUUACACGACAAGGGAUCCAGUUAUUUUAAGGUUCUGCGGCGGCGGCGUAUCCGUUCCGGAGGCUAUAUCGAGCGGACCCGAACUAUUAGUCGAAUUUACGACGUCGCCUUUUGGCACAUUUUUGCAACCAGCUACUCUACAGUCAUUGCAUGGAUUUCAAUUAGAAGUUGAGGUCAGAUUUGUCGAUCAACAAUCACCGACAUACGCAAAAAAUAAAAGGGCUUGUGAAUUCUGGAUUCGAGGGACCGGUAGAGGAGUACUGGAGCACCCACAACAUUCACUGCCACCAAAUACAACGUGUCUCUAUCACAUGCAAGGAAUAGACACUUCGGGGCCCACAGGCCGAAACAUUAUCUACAGGCGACAGUUCUCUGCUCCUAGAUUUAGAGUGUGGUUCUCCGUAUUAAAAUUUUAUGUCACAAAUGCUCUCAAUCCUAAUUUGCCUGAAGAUGAGUACUGCGGCAGUCAUUUGAAUAUAUGGGAUGGUCCUAUGAGAAUAUCGCCCGGAUGCAGCGAUAUAUUCUGUGAUAAGGAACGUUCCGUUCAAAUGUCGAGAGCGACUUCAGCACAAUCUGUGAUAGUUGGUCGGCCACCAACCAAUGCUACGCUGAUAGCAAGAUUCUGUCGGGAACGAGCGCCGCGCACGUGUGAGCAUGCAUUACUAAGGAAGUCUAGAGCAUGUGCUCGAACUGAAAGCUUUUUGUCAAAGGGAGAUUCUCUAACUUUGGAGCUGAAGUUGACUCAAGGGACUGCUCUAAAACCCGUUUUCUUCAAAUCACUCUACGAAUUCGUGGAUCUUCAUCAAGAUGGAGAACCUUGGGGCAGGGGUCCCUGUUCUAGAAGGUUUGCUUCCCGUUCGUUCCCAGAAGCUCCUUCUGAUCCACCGGUUACAUUUUCUUCACCAAGAGAUGUUUUUUUAUAUGGCAGAGGUGGUUCGCGAAAUAUAAGUUGCACGUAUCGAUUCGAAGCUAACCCUGGAGAAGCAGUCAGGUUAAGAAUCUGGAGCGUCAGAAGUGGAGGUCGUCUAUGUAGAUCCGUGAGCUCAGCUCACUCUCCUUGGUAUCGGUGUGGCGGAGAGCCAACUGCAGCCGUCAGGGUAUUUGAUAGGCCUUGGAGAGAUAGUGGCCCAGGAGUACUCAGGGACUGUUUGUGCAGUGACGUCAUAGAUUACGAGUUCACAUCGUCAUCAACGAUUGCCGAACUGAAAUUCGAUGUUGUGAACAUGUCAGCGUUGGAUGACUUCAGAUCAUUUGGUUUCGAAGCUUCUGUGGAGUUCAUACGAGUUGAGGCAACCUGCGAAGGAACACAUAGAGUUAACGGACCCAGUGGUGAACUGCUGUUAUACUCGCAUUCAUCGGUUCUCGAAUCUGAACGUUGCGACCAUCGACCAUGGCUAAUAGACCCAUCACCGGGUCGGUACCUCUACCUUAAGAUCGAAGGUAGCAUCAUCAAGGAACCCGACCUAGAUAAUUUCACUCUACUAAACAAUAUCACCGUUGCACCUGAUUUACGCCAUCUUUGUCAGACUCAAAAUAGAAUAGCUGUGUAUUCAGCAGAGCUAACGCCAAUAUUUAUUUGUCCCUUACCACCAGAUAGACAGGAAGAACAAAUAGUUGAAAUAUUUUCUGAUGGAUGGGUGAAGGAGGUUGAUCCUUUGGCGAAACAUGUCUUAGCUCGGCCGCCAUCUGCUGAUCGCUUCGACCUGGACUGGCCCAGAUCUCUUACUAUUGAGCUCAUCGCUAUUGAAAGUGGAUCUUAUUAUAUCACUUGGUUGGAGCUCUCGAGAAGACAGCCAAGUGGGCAUGGUGGUGUCUUCGCACUCUCAGGGGACUGCGAAUAUCGCUGCCCAUCAAUUGAUGCGUGCAUUUCUGCCAAGCUAUGGUGCGAUGGAAUUAAGCAAUGUCCAGAUGGAGAAGAUGAAAGACUUACCCAGUGUUCAGCGUUUAUGAACGCGCCUCUACAUUACAUCAGUGGCUUUAUUGCGAUUAUUAUAUGUAUAGCAAUUGUUAUGAUCGGUUACGUAAUCAACGAUUAUAUCGUAGUUGAUGAACUCGAGCCUUAG